GACGUCAUCGCUGGCCGCAAGACGGGAGGCAAGGUCCGAGGUGAAAUCCUGUUGAACGGCCAUCCCGCUACCGACUUGACGAUUCGUCGCGCCUCCGGGUACUGCGAGCAAACGGACAUCCACUGCGAGUCCUCGACGUUCCGCGAAGCUCUCACCUCCAGUGCGUUCCUGCGUCAAGGCGCCGACAUCUCCGACAGUCAGAAACUCGACUCGGCGGACGAGUGUCUUGAGCUCUUGAACCUGAGGCCGAUCACCGACCAAAUCAUCCGCGGCAGCUCGGUGGAGCAGAUGAAGCGCCUGACAAUUGGCGUCGAGCUAGCGGCGCAACCUAGCCUUCUCUUCUUGGACGAGCCUACCAACGGCCUGGACGCUCGCUCCGCCAAGCUCAUCAUGGAUGCCAUUCGCAAGGUUGCUAACACGGGGCGAACGGUGGUGUGCACG